GCUGUGUUCGUUCUCCAUCCCGCCCUUUCUUGUCUUCCUUCCUUCCCUUUCUACGUCAAAACGAGAAAAACAAGAGAAACAUAAAUACGAAACGCUUUGACGGCUCUGACGACACAACAUUCCUGAUAAGCCCCUUGUCACAAUGACCCUCCCCGCGAACGACGCCUUCACCCUUGCUCUCGCCCACUCCAACGACUCCUCCAUGCCCUCCAGACGGCGUUCGCUCACCCGCUCGCCAUCGCCCAAAAUCCCAUUCACCCCGACUAACGACAGUCCGAAACGGAGACCCGGGACGCGCCGACGGGUCUCAAAGGGCUCCGUGGCGUCCGGUGUCGAUGGAGGGAUGACAAGCGGCAGCACACUGCAGGAGAUCGACGAGAAGGAGGACACGCUCGAGGUCGAGCGCAAGCUUCUUGGGCAGACAGUAGAAGAGCCGUCGCAAAAGAAGAAGAAAGUCGACUGGGAAAUUCCUCGUAAAACAUUGCAUUCCUCCAUCGGCUUUUUCACCUUGUACCUCUAUGCUUCCAAGGGAUCGCCACAAACUGUCAUCCGCUAUCUCUCAGGGGCACUCGCCUUCAUCGCCCCCUGUGACGUCUUGCGCCUCAACUGGCCAGCUUUCGAACGGGCGUACGAACACUGCGUCGGCUUCCUCAUGCGCGAGAGCGAGAAAAAGUCGACGAACGGUGUCAUCUGGUACCUUAUUGGCGUGAUCUUUGUUCUCGGGCUUUACCCCCUUGAUGUCGCCCUCAUCUCCAUCAUGAUACUCUCAUGGGCUGAUACCGCUGCCUCGACUUUUGGCCGCCUGUGGGGUCGUUACACACCACCGCUCCCGUCUCACAUCCUUGGGCUCCCCCUCGCCCCCCGAAAGUCUCUCGCAGGCUUCAUCGCAGCAGCAGUCACCGGCGCCGCCAUCGUCUUCUCGUUCUGGACCUGGAUGGGUGAGGGCGUCGAUGUCCCAAGUUGGAGCUGGGAGCAAGGCGUCAUUGGUGCCGGUGUUGACGACAGCAUCGUUGGCUCCACCAUCAGGGGGUGGUUGAGAGAGCAAGGCUUUGCGGGGGUGAAGACGGGCGGCUGGGUAGGUUUGGCUGUGGUCAGCAUUGCUUCUGGGCUCGCGACCGCGGUGGCUGAAUCUAUGGAUAUUGGCUCGUUGGACGAUAACUUGACGCUUCCUAUCCUCUCUGGUGCGGCCGUCUGGGGCUUCAUGAAGCUCUUGAGCUGGGUAUCUAUCUAAAUAACUCUCGACAACUGACUGUUUCGCCUCCCUUCCGCCUCCGCUACGUGCCACAAGCUUUAUUAUUCGGUGUCUAAAUAGAGUGAACAUCUCGCGUUCGACGGACUGUUUCAUCGUACGCUCUAGAUUAAUUUCUCGCUUGUUCGGCCCACUACUACCUCCUUCUUACUUUACGAUCCCAACGAUUAUGUCUUCCUCAUCUGUCCAUAUGCAUAGUCCCUCUUACACCUUACUUACAACCAUACACUCGACCGACUGAUCCUCCGCCCGCCUCCCACUAUCUUCAACCUUCACCCGGCUACCUUUCAUCCUUCUGUCUCCACCACUUACACGCUUACAAUCACCAUUACAACUUUCCUCCCUC